AUGCGCAUAACUGUGACCGUUCCGCUAUGCUGCUGCGCAUGCGCACAACUGUGAACGUUCAUGCUCAUUACAGGCUAUUUCUGUUAGCAUCAAAAUAACGGCCAGUUACUGGGAAAUACACACUUUUAUCCACAGGCGCACGUGUAGGAGUGUCUCGGGGUGAAGACAACCCGCAAUGUUGAACCCGACCAACGGUGACCCGGGCCACGUCGUUGUGAAUUAUGUCGAGGAGUAUUUGGAUCUGGUGGAGUCGCUGCCAUUUGACCUGCAGAGGAGCGUUUCCCUGAUGAGAGAAAUUGAUGCAAAGUAUCAAGAUGUCCUGAAGGAGCUCGAUGACGCCUAUGAACGGUAUCGCCACGAGUCCGACACGAUUCAGAGGCGCAAACUCCAGUUUUCUAUUCAGAGGGCGCUGAUCCGCAGCCAGGAGCUCGGAGACGAGAAGAUCCAGAUUGCUGGUCAGAUGGUGGAGCUGGUAGAGAACCGAACCCGACAAAUAGACUGGCACUCCGAGCUUCUCAUCUCCUCUCAAGAAGCACCAGAAGGUCACGUACCGCCGGCGACGUCCCUGACGACGACAGCAUCAGCCUUGAUGUCUUCUUCAUCAGCAACGGUCACUCCAGGGAAGCCGGGCCACCACGAGAAGAAGCGGGAAGAAGUCACCCCCGGCUCGGGCUCCGGAGACAAAGCUGGAGGGAAACGGUCGAGACGACAGAAGAACGGAGAAAACCGUGAAAGUUACGGGAAUCUGGAUCACACCGAAGAAGUCGGGGCAUCUCGAGAAAAGAGAGCGAAAACCUCCUCUAAGAAAAAGAAGCGGUCGAAAGGGAAGCUGGAGAGGGAGGUGUCUCCGCCGGACCUGCCCAUCGACCCAGACGAGCCGACGUACUGUCUCUGCGAGCAGGUGUCCUACGGCGAGAUGAUCGGCUGCGACAACGACGAGUGUCCCAUCGAGUGGUUUCACUUCUCCUGCGUGGGGCUCCAUCACAAACCCAAAGGCAAGUGGUACUGCCCCAAGUGCCGAGGUGAGAACGAAAAGACCAUGGACAAGGCUCUGGAGCGGGCCAAGAAGGAGAGGGCUUACAACAGGUAGCUCCAGCGGACGCUGCCCUGUACAAAAUGUAACCCUGUGUCUUUGUUUCCUUUUCAAAUUACUACUCUUUAAAACAGAGGAGUGUGUUGAUGAAAGGCAUCUUGUAAAAAGUUAUUUUUGUAACCGUGUUAUAGCCGAGGAGCAUCAUGCGCUUCCACCUGGUUGUUCCUGGAGCUUGAAGAAUGGACCAUGUGCAUGUUUCCAUCAAGCUGAAAACGUCUCGUACUCAAUUAUAUCCCAUCAUUUAACAAAUAAACAUUUCUUAACUAAAUUUUAUGAUCUGCAUAAGUUGUUCUGGUAUGUACCUUUUAUGGCUUGGAGUAACAAUAAACGGUGACAUGACAUGUUGACGGGAACAGUUGCAACAGGAAGAAGAAAUUCUCACAUUGGUACAAAGGUCAAACACUGAUUUUAUGUGUAGAAAAGAUCAAAGGAUUAUCAAACGCAAACAAGCUUCAUAAAUCUAACCAUAUAAUAGAAUUAAAGUGAGUGUUCAAGUUUAUUAACAGUAACGCCCAAUCCAGCAGUUUCCUCUCAGUCGUAUAAAAUCACUUCUGCUCCGUCUCCACCCUGAACA